GUGUGUACUUCCGGGUCCUUCGUGCUUGUUAAGUAGAGUUCCCCGCCUUUUGAAAAGGACGCCUUCAUAACAAUACAACUGAGCGCUUGUAGUUUGACAUUAUAAAGCGUUUUUGUCCGAGAAUAUGUCGCUGGACGAUUGGUGGCUGUACUUAGUUUGAAGCCAGCAGUUGACAGUCAUGUUGCUUCCUUCAGACGUCGCCCGUCUAGUUCUGGGCUACCUUCAGGAGGAAGGUCUGUCCGACACAAGCCUGGCGUUUAUCCAGGAGAGCCCCAACCUGCAGGAAUAUGCAGAACAUAGCAUGGGAGAUGGUGCCGUGCCUGCUUGUGUCUUUUCCUUGUUUGGAAAAGGUCUAACAACCAUCUUGAAUGAGUAUAUGGCUGCCAAAACAAAAGAGACUUGCAGUGAAGUACCUGCCGUCAUGACGUCACUGUGGAAAAAGCUGGAUUUCACACUCAAGCAAAUCAAGUCCAUGCAGACUUCUCCAGCUAUAUCAGCAAGUCAGAGGGCCUGUCGUGAGCAGCAGUUCAGGAGAAGGCGGAGCUUAAACACCAAUGAUCCUCCCACAGCACGUUCCCGUGUUGGACUGGCCAACCUGGCGAGACAGCGGGUGUUGAGCAUGACUUCAGGGAGCAGCCUGGUUUGCUCCUCCAUCUCGGAAACAACCUUAAUCAGCAGCCCUGCACUCAGCUCGCAGAAUAUGCCCGGUCAUUCCACCCCUCUGAGCUACUCCGCUCCUCAAAUCCAAGCCACUCCGGGCAGUGCCACGCCUCACCAGUUCCACGAUGGCAGCCGCUCACUCGAUACACAAAGAGAUUUACCAGUCCAGAUAAUAGUUACAGAACCACGACUAAAUCCAGGACCCAUGUCUCCAGGGCGACGGAAAUGGGACACUCCUAGGAAAAGGAGCGGUCCUGCGGGAGGCAGCAAUGCUUCCGCCAGGUCCAGUGCGCCUGUCAGUAGUGUUGCUGCUGAAGCACCACCCGAGGAAGCUGUGGAGGAGAACUUCCCCCAACUGGUGAUACAAAAUGCUCGUGACAAGAUAUUGGGAGACCGAUCGUUACAAGAAAAGCUUGCUGAGAACAUCAAUAAGAUUCUCGCAAAUGAUUCUACGCCCCAAACACCGAAAGCCCCGUCAAGUUCAGUGGAAGACGACCAGUCCAUCGAUGAAAUUCUUGGAUUACAGGGAGAAAUACAUAUGAGUGAUGAUGCAAUCCAUGACAUUUUGGAGCAAACAGAGUCAGAUCCUGCUUUUCAAGCCCUUUUUGACCUCUUCGACUAUAAUAAAAGCAGAGCAGAUGGAGAAGAUGUAGAUAUGAGUAAUGUCACAGAGGACAACAAUACCGCCGGACCACCUCCAUCCACCGUCGGACAACUUCCGAGUAACCCCUGCCCAGGUACCACAGAGCAAGAAAGCUCCUUUUCAACAGCAGCCGCAAUGAAGAACAAAAUUGUGCAGGAACGCAAGACAAGGAAAUCGACAGCUUUCCUGAAGAAGAGCGUGAUGGGCUCCAGCAGCAGGUCCUCACGACUGGACAACAGCUCUGCCCGACUGCUGAUUCCUCAUGAGGAUUACCGUGGUAGCUCCUCUUCUGCCCUGAGUGAAAACACUCAAGAAAAAGCUUCCCUUUUUUCUCUCUCUGUUCCUCUCUCAUCAAUGGAUAUUGCUACCUCGAUGGACACGUCUUUAACAGUUUUAGAGAGUCCAGCAUCUCUGGUUGACCUGACGUCCAUCCCUUCAUCAGUUGCCACUACAGUGGCACCAGUACCUUAUGUGGACAAUCAAAGUAAACAAGCUCCGUCUUCUUCACUGAGUAAUCAGCCUGCCUUUUUGUCCCACUCGAGUGCCGACAUGCCACUCAUGUCAGUUCCAAGCAGCGGUGGCAAUGACCGACCGCCGACUCUCUUUGGAACUCCUCAGUCUUCCAUAGGUGCUAACACCGCUGCAUCAAAUUCUGUACCGGCGUGUUCCCCUCUGUUAUGUGCACGGAGCCCUUCCACCGGUACUCCAGCCACACCCUCCAAGUCAGGAAUAGCAGGUGUUGCUGCAUCCACCUGUGUGAGCAGCAUUGUCAAUACCCCAAGCAAAGUUUCAGACGAUCCCAGUAACAUAGUUUCUUUGAAAAUUAUCAUCAGUGAUAACCCAGAUGAGGAUCCCUCAAGCGAUAACGCUUUGAAUCAAGCCAUUUCCAACAUUCCCACAGAAAAGAUACCCACAAUCUACCUUUCCUCGCCUGCCAAAUCCCCCAGAGAGCCCGGCACACCAAGAGGGACUAAUCCGGACGAAACGGCACUGGCAGUGUGCGGCUUACAAAGCGCCGAAGCUUUAGCCAACUCGCCCUGUAAAAGCGUUCCAUCGAACCAGUUGGCAGCAACUACACAAGCGCAGCAAAGCUACAUUAUUCAACUUCCUGUGGACACGGCCAACCCUGCGCUCCAAGGAGCCACCACGAGCUACUUACUCAUGACGGAACCGCUGCCAGCUCAGACUGGGGCCAGACAGUCGCAAGUACCUGUCGCUGUCACCAACGGACCACUUCUGCCUAAAACCAACCAGUAUAAUGUGACUGCAGCUAACCCAGCACAAGGUUUUGUCACUGGGUCAGCCCUCAUCCUACCAUCUCCUGUUAAGCCCAUGAUGCUCCCUAUGACGGUUAUGGGACAGAAUAGUAUUGGGAAUGUCCACAUGAUGGCCAAUCAGCUUGUUGGAAUUCCAACCUCGGUGCCAAUGCAGCAAAGUCUAAAUGUUGAGCCCAAACCCCCAAGAGUUGCAGUGACAUCUGCUGAUACUACGCACAAUGUGGUGGUGCAGAACCUGCAGAGUGAUACAAGUUCCAGCCAUAAGAGAAUUUUAUGUUUUGAGUCGCCUACAGAAGUUCAACCACCAGGUUCAAAAGCAGGAACCAUGGCUGCACCUUCUUUAACAAACACAUUGACUUCACAAAGCACCACUCAAACUAAAAAAUGCUACUCACGUGUAGCUCCUCGUACAAGGCCAGCUAUUCUGGGGGGCAAUAAACCCAAACGGAAGGUCGAAACCAUCAGGUGUGUUGCGGAUCGCCAAGCUAGUGGCAACUUGGUUGUGCCCAUCGCUCCAAAACAGCAAGAGAACAAUGUCACAAAGAACUCAACCAUCCUCAACCAAGAACCUCAAACUGCGAGUGGAGCUGGACGCUUAGAAGUAGGAUCUAAAUCCAAAGCAUUGGUAGGAAAACCCAGCCUUGAUAAGGAUGGAACCCAAAUGAAGGACUCUGGUGGGUCCAAAUCAUUGUCAUCUGUGUCUGAACCAAAGUCUAUGAGUUGUAAAGAUCCUAAAGAACAUACGGAGAAAAAGAUUCUUCCUCAGGACAAACCAAAUGUGACGGCCAACAAGGAAAACGAAGUGAUUGUUGGCUCCCAAGAUCAGCUUCAUGUGUCAACACCUUCCUCUUCUGAACCAUCAGACUUAUGUCCUCCAGCUGUUACACAAUCCAGGUCUGGCAAAAUUCCCUCAAAGACCAGUUCUUUCGCCAAACAGGCAGCUGAGAUGCUGCAGGACAUUCACAGACCAGCUAAGAAGUCUGGAAUCAGCAGUCCAGACCCCGGCGGUCCCCGGACCCAAGGGACUGGCAAUAACCAGGACGAGUCCGUCAACUGUCCCAGGACUCCUUUGCAACAGAAAAAGGGCAAAGACGCAGAAGGAACGCCGAAGAACCUUCUUCCCCACAACACCCCGGACAUUCCCACAAGCAGCCCGGCCAGCGAGGCUGGCAGUGAAAACAGCAUCAACAUGGCCGCUCACACGCUCAUGAUCCUGUCGCGCUCCGCCAUCUCCAGGACUGGCUCGCCACUCAAGGACAGUUUGCGUCAGAAGGAAGUGGGCGAGAAGUCUCCCUCCAGCUUGAAGAACUCAAAGAAACGCAAGCAGUCCCCUCCAACUGCCAGCCCCCCAGGAAAGAAAGCAGCAAAGCAAUCUCCCGAGAAAAAGACAGAGCGGAAAAGGAAAAAAGUCAUAAAUUGCUUCCCUCAUGACUUGGAUGUGGAAAAGUUCCUUUCUUCACUUCACUACGAUGAAUGAAAGCCAACAAGGAAGAGCUGCCAUACCAUGGUGACCUGCUAGGGUUACUCUCACGGAAUAAAAGGAGCCAUUUGCUGACCCACUACCCAUUGUUCAUUUUCAUACCACCACCUCAAACAUUGUAUACCCAUGGUUGAUUUUCAUACCACCACCUCAAACAUUGCAUACCCAUGGUUCAUUUUCAUACCACCACCUCAAACAUUGUAUACCCAUGGUUGAUUUUCAUACCACCACCUCAAACAUUGUAUUCCCUUGGUUCAUUUUCAUACCACCACCUCAAACAUUGUAUACCCAUGGUUCAUUUUCAUACCACCACCUCAAACAUUGUAUUCCCUUGGUUCAUUUUCUUACCACCUUAGACUUUGCAUACCGGUGAUUAAUUUUCAUACCUUGACCUGAGACCUUGUAUACCCAUGAUUCAUUUUCAUACCACAGCCUUAGACUUUGCACACCCAUAAUCAUUGUUCAUACCAUGACCUCAAACCUUGUAUAUCCAUGAUUCAUUUUCAUACCAUGACCUUGUAUACCCAUGAUUAAUUUUCAUACCCUGACCUUAGAAAUGUGUAUACACAUGAUUCAUGUUCACACCAUGACCUUUUGUCAUACCAUGACCUCAGACCUUGUAUACCCAUGAUUCAUGUUCACACCAUGACCUAUACCUUGUAUACUAAUGAGAUUUGUAUUUGACCAAUUAGUUUGCACUGUGUGGGCGAUUAGAAGUCGCAGCCGUACAGCAAACAAGGCACUUUCUUUGCCCUAUCCUUCUGCUCCAUUCUAUUGUAAUUAAUUGAACAUAAUUAUAAUGAUCAGUGUAUAGUUCUGCUGGAGAGUAUUUAUAGACUUGAAAAGUGCAUAUCAUUCUCAAAGAUGGGUCAGCAAUUAUUUGGUCAAUAUUUGACUCCCAGGUGUUUAAACCAGCUAACUCUGCUGUACAUGUUGGUGUGUUAAGAAUGCAUUCAAUUGUCAUUAAAUUUUGCAUCUGUUUAAAGAA